AUGGCCUCUCGCUCAGCGCUCACAAAAUUCGCGCCCUUGUUGCGGCAAGCUCGCCCCGGUGCCUCGCCCUUCAAGCGCGGCAGCCCCAUCCUCCAAGCCCUCCAGACCCGACAACAACAAGUGCAACAACCAUCUCUGCAACCCACAACCGCCGCGCGCUUCGCCCACACCGUACCGAAGCCGAAAGCAGUGCGCGAGGCCGAGGCAAAGACUCCCGCCCAGAUGCGCAUGGAGACCUCGCCGCACUACCAGCUCGACUUCACCUGCGUCCCGUGCGACACCCGUUCCAGGCACAAGGUCUCUAAGCAAGGAUACCACCACGGCUCUGUCCUCAUAACCUGUCCUUCGUGCCGAAACCGUCACAUCAUCAGCGAUCACCUGGGCAUCUUUGGCGACCGCAAAGUAACUGUUGAGGACUUGAUGCGCGAGAAGGGCAGGCUGGUCAAGAGGGGCACACUGGGCGAGGACGGUGACAUCGAGUUUUACCCGGACGAGAGCAAUGCCGACGCCGAGGCUCAAGCUGCGGAGCUGAAAAAGGAUGAAUCUGCUUGA